CUUUAGUUUUAGGCAGCAUACAGUUUGGGCAAGAUCUCACUCCGUUUCUACUAAAUAGUACCCAGCCCCAAAGCUCAAUCCCAGCCAAGAUGGAUUCGCUGCCUGUACAAGUGACGCAGUUUACGCAAACAGAGGCGCAAGCAGAGCCGCCACCACUAUGUGUGCCGCUGCUAAUGGUGGAUAAAGAUGGCAAGAGCAGAUAUUGCUACCAUGGCGGCAAAUGCCGUUGCGCCACUUGCACACUGUUGCGUCAGCAGCAGCUGGACGAGCUGGACUCGAAUCUGGAUGCUUUUGUGCAGAGCAGCACCCACAAACUGGUGCCGGCCAUACGCCAAGUGAAGCCCAAGCAAUAUCGUCUGGAGGCCACACGUACCUCGCCGGAAAUGGCCAAAAUGCUGCUGGACGAUCAUAUCAGACUGCGCAAGGAGAUUCCUACCUACUAUUUGCCCGACAGAUACUAUGUGAAGGACUUCUGGCGUCUGCGCGGACCACAGGAUGAGGCAACGCAAACUGAAAUUGCAAUUGGCAAGUUUGGCAUUGAUGGCUGUCCUUGUGUGGAUAAACAAGUCUGCUGGGAUAUCUAAUGUGGGGAGGAUGUUUUGUAGCCUCAGGAGUGGGACUAAAUUACAGUGAUGCAAAAUUUUACAGUCAGUGAUACAAACUUUUUAAGUCAAUUUUUCCUUUAUAUAUAUAUCAAAA